GUCCACAUCGUAGUCCUCUUAGUUUCUCCCACACACCCGGAACGCAUGCGAGCAAUCACAAGGCCCGCCUAUGUGCGAAGCGGAGACGGCUGAGGGCGCGCCACCACCAUCGCCGUUGCCACCGGCGGCGUCCACUGCCCGGCCGAAGCUAACCAUCCUUCCCCUCAUCGCCCUCAUAUUCUUCGACGUCUCCGGCGGCCCCUUCGGCGUUGAAGACUCCGUCGGCGCGGGCGGCGGCCCUCUCCUCUCCAUCCUCGGCUUCCUCCUCUUUCCCCUUCUCUGGUCGCUUCCUGAAGCUCUAAUCACUGCUGAACUCUCCACCCUUUUCCCCUCCAAUGGUGGCUACGUCGUCUGGAUCUCCUCUGCCUUCAGUCCCUUUUGGGGUUUCCAACAGGGAAUCUGGAAGUUCGUCUCCGGCGCCAUGGACAACGCACUCUAUCCUGUCCUCUUCCUCGAUUACCUCAAACAUUCCCUCCCCUUCUUCUCCGAUUCCUCCCUCGGCCGACCCUUCGCCCUCAUCGCCCUCACUGCCGUCCUAACCUUCCUCAACUACCGUGGACUACACAUCGUCGGCUUCUCCGCAAUUGCACUCACGUUUUUCUCACUUUCUCCUUUCAUCGUCCUUUCCGUACUCGCGAUCCCUCGGAUUCGACCUUACCGCUGGCUAACCGCCGACAUACGCAGCACCGAUUGGCGCGGGUACUUCAAUAGCAUGUUCUGGAACUUGAAUUAUUGGGAUAAGGCAAGCGCGCUUGCGGGGGAGGUGGAAGAACCUAGCCGUGCGUUUCCGAGGGCGAUCUUUGGAGCUGUGGGGCUCGUGGUGGCAUCGUACUUGGUGCCCCUGCUUGCAGGCACAGGGGCGAUUGAUAUAUCUAAGGCUGGGGAGUGGAGCGAUGGGUAUUUUGCGCAAGUGGGGUUGGAGAUUGGAGGGGACUGGUUAAGAUGGUGGAUACAGGCGGCUGCGGCUAUGUCAAAUAUGGGAUUGUUUGAGGCCGAGAUGAGCAGUGAUUCGUUCCAGUUGUUGGGGAUGAGCGAGAUGGGAAUGAUUCCCGAAAUUUUCUCCAGGAGAUCCAAAUAUGGAACUCCAACGAUUAGCAUCCUAUGCUCUGCAACUGGGGUUUUAUUGUUGUCUUGGAUGAGCUUCCAAGAAAUACUAGAAUUCCUCAAUUUCUUAUACGCUUUAGGGAUGCUUCUUGAGUUUGCAGCUUUUAUAAAGCUUAGGAUAAAGAAACCUGAUUUACACAGACCAUAUAAAGUCCCCCUUGACACAUUCUGGGCAACUUUCAUGUGCAUUCCUCCUGCUUUCUUGCUUGUUCUCGUUAUGUGUCUGGCCUCAAUCAGAACAUUUAUUGUCAGUGGAACUGUUUUUCUUCUAGGAAUUAUUUUAUAUCCCACCUUGCAAUAUGUGAAAGUUAAGAAGUGGGUCAAAUUUAUUUCACCACCAGAGACUUUAGGUAGUUGCAAUGGAGAUCUUCCCACAUUACCUGACGACAUUAUUGAUGAAGCUUCUGUUAGCCUUUUGUAACAAUAAUCUUUAUCUAUAUGAAGGAAUCUGCAAGAUUCUGAAGCAAAACUCUUAUGUCAUCUCCAAAUUGGAAUAGAAAAAUUAAGUGACUUAGUUUUUUUGUAUCAUACCUUCUUAAAAGGGUUUCAUGGUAAGAAAAUUAUGUAUUAGAUAUUAUAUUUUGUGUUACAUUUUUAUUAUUUCAUGUGCUUUUAUCAUGAAUUUUAUUAUAGAUGGAGAGAAAUAUGAUAUCAGAUA